AUGAGGGACAUGCCUUCAGCUCCACCCGAAGCCACUAUGCAGGAGCAUCAUAUUGUCAAGGCAGAUGAGGUCGACCAAACUGGGACUGAUAUAUCGCCAGUUUCAGACGACCAACUCAUGGAGGACGUGGCUGAGGGGCUCCGCCAGGAACAGGCCUCACAGGCCGCACCCGCUUCCGAGAUGGCGCCCCCUGCGCCCGAAAGAUCCAUGAAACGACCCGAGCUUCGUCGUGAAGGCUCUGCUCCGCCUCCUCCAAUGCAGCCGCCCCCUCCAGCUCCCCCCCAGGAGACUACGGAUCGGGGUGCGAGCUCCCUGAGCUUAUCGGACUUGCGGAAGCUUGUGGGUGAAAUGCCCAAGAUCGAACAACCAGCCUAUGCUUUUGAAUAUGCCGACGCCCAAUCAUUCCCCGAUGAGCUCGACGAGUGGUUCCAGUAUAACGCCUUUGAUCGUGUCAUGUUGACAGGCACGAAAGCGACUUUUAACCAGAAAUGGCCUGCGUUUUGCCAGCAACGCCAGCGAGACACUCCCGGGUUGUCUUGGCUUGACGCAUCCAAUGAUUUACGUCGCUCGUUUAUUUCUCAGAUGCUUGAGGAUUUGCAGCUUGCUGAAGUCUCCGCGCGAUUGGAAGCCCUUGAAACCAUUUGCUAUGUCGUGACUGGUGUAUGGGGUCUCAGCGGUGGGAGAGUAGCGCCCGACUAUCCUGCGGAUGGAAAUUCCGAGUCAGCAGCUGAAACACCACCGGUCAAUUCAAUGCAGAUUCAGUGCAUCGAGCAGAAUGUUUCCCUUCUCCAGGAAUGCUCGGGCGUUACUGCCUUGGUACAGUACAUGUGCCGUCUUUUUGAUAAGACCCGCUCGGCACUCGGAUCGGACUCCAGUGACGCUGAUUACGAGCGAAUUAGCCCUGGCGAUAUUGCGGCACCGGAGCGUGAGGCCAAUUUAGUCCUUACAAGUUUAUACUUUGCCGUGGAAGUGGGUCGCAGGCAACAGGCGCGCGACCCUCAGUGCAGCUCGAUCCGCGAUGCACUGACCAGCUCAAAUCCUAGUCUGUUGGUCUCCAUUGUUGAAAUCAUCGCUCGAUUGCGCUGGGACGAAUCUGCCAAUAUCCCGCUGACUAGGAUCCUGCUGUUGUUGUGGAAGUCACUGCUUCUCGUCUUUGGCGGGACCGACGAUUUAAAACGUGCAAAGGAAGUACUGGAGCCUGCUCUUUCCUCUGAGAAGGAUGAUUCCAAACGCAGGACUCCGUUUUUACAUGCCUCUCCUCUGGACUACCAUCUCUUCCGUCAAGAAAUCACUUCCAAAUACCCAGCUUACAACCCUCCGCCACUUGUCGUUCCACUAGAAAUGGAAAACAAUUCCAUUCUACCCCCUCUUCCACAUAAUGUGGCCAGGAUGAACUCGUCCAGUGGUAUCUUUUGUGGUGUUGCCCCAUCGAUCUCCAGUGGAAAUGGCUCUAUCCUUCAACAGGCCGUUCACAUUGCAACCCCGGCCCCAUCCCCACCGCCGUCCCCCGCCGGCCCAGGAGGAAAGGCUGGGAAGAAACAGAACUAUCAGACGAAUCAGAACUUCCCCUUCAUGUACCCUCCCCUGGAUGAUUCCAGCAACCGCAUAGGCGGGAAGGGCACAACGGAACGCCAGGAUGCCUUGGUUGGAAAGAGAUGGGAAGGCAGCGAUGUCCCUGCGUCAAUUAUUGAAGCCGGAAAGCUGUUCUCGACACAUGUGAAAAUGACCCGUGCGAUGCGACAGCUUUGGCAGGAGCGUGAACACUUUAUGCAGUACGACCGUGGCUGGAACUCCGAGGACGCUGCUCACUUCCCUGAUAACAUCUCGGAUGACCUACCAGAUGAUUUUGAACAUUUAGAUUUGUCGGGUGACGAGGAGAAGGCCGAGCCUAAACCCAAGCCGGCAGAGAAAGAGACAGAUGACCCCGAUAUCCAGCGGCGCCUGGAUGCGGUCGACUCGUUUUAUUCCAUUACCAUCGUAUUCUUGAAAAUUAUCCUGACAAAUGUCAGCGCAGUGGUCAGCCAGGCUACUAGCCAGACUACGCAGGGCAUGAGUAACAGUCAUUCCAUGAAUAGCUCCUCUCACAAUCUCCUUUCUGAUGCAUCCAUUGAUGAGCUAGACAACAUUCGUCUCCGCGAGAUCACCGGGAAAGCCGUGUCUGGAAUUCUGUUGCUUCUACUUAAGUGGUUUAAGCGAUCUCAUAUCUUGAAAUUUGAAUAUAUGACACAGCUAUUACUUGACUCAAACUAUAUCCCCUUGAUUCUCAAAAUGUUUGCACACCAAGACGUUGACCAAACGGUGGCACAUAAAAAUGACCGCGAAGACUUGUCGUAUGUUACCCAACCCCAUUCGCUUCUAGCUCACCCACUGACGAAAACCAGCUUCUUCCACUUCUGUCAAAGCAACACCGACCUCCCCCUAGAAACUGAAGAAGACUCCUGCGGCGACACGGAAAGCGAAGACGAAGCCAUGCCGCCCCCAAUCGCCCGCCAUCGCUUGGAUCCAACAGCAAACGGCAGCAUGCCAGGCCUCUCUGAAGAAGAAUCCCUAACUGAUAUCCUCAACGGACCGGCACGUCCCGAAGUCGACGAACUAGGCUACCCAACCGCGCCCCUCCCCAAAGAACCAAUCAAAGUUUUCUCCUUCCGAAACUUCUUCUCCGCCAUCAACUACCUUCACGUCAUGCAAAAGAUCACACGCAACAAAGCCCACCGCUGCCUCCUACUAGUGCAGUACAAAUCAAGCAACAUCCUCCGCAAGGGUCUCAAGAUCCCAGACCCACACCUCCGCUUCUACACCCUCAAACUCUUCAAAUCCCAAGUCCCCUACUGCGGUCGCAAAUGGCGCCAGAGUAACAUGCGCGUUAUCACCGCUAUCUACCUGUACUGCCGCCCCGAGUUGCGCGACGACUGGCUCGCCGGCUCAGACGUCGAUGCGGAGGUUGAAGAGGCUUUGCCGUUGGAACAGGCGCUUCGUGGUCUUACCCACUGGUGGCAUCUGCGUCAAUACAAGGAUGUCAUGGGCGGUGAUGAGGGUGCGUCUAUGAUGGAGGAAGAGCGUGAUUUCUUCGUUCGGGAACUCGAGUCUAUGGGCUGGGGUGCUGCUGAUGAGAUACUGGGUGGGACCUGCGAGGAGGAGGUCAGUGCUCCUAUGAUGCAGCAGGGCAGUGAAUGGGAGGGUGUUCCCCUGCCUAUGGAGGGGUGGUCGUGA